GGAAGAGUGGGUGACGAGACGGUGAGUGAGAGGGUUUGUGCGGUCCUCACACCUCUUGCAAAUCCUCUCUUUUGGUAGCUUGUUCAGAUAUCCUGAGUUAUUGUAUCCCACAUUCUCUUGUACCUGUUUGCGACUCCUGUCUUGAGUCGACUUCUUUCAAGUGCUUCUAUUCGAAACAGGUUGAUCCUGUCAUACUUCUGGAAGCAGAACGUGAGCCUAGUUGCUCCAACAUCCAGCCAGACAUAUUGAGCAAAAUUAUUAUCCUUCUAAUCUCUUGCCAAGUUUGCUGUCCACUCCACCAGCCAGUGUCUACGACAAAGCCCUUCUGUGAAGAUUUCCUUGACGCUGGCGCAUCCGAUAUUCAUCACAACGCGAUAUACUUAUUACAAUUGCCGACAUGCGAAUUAUCCCUUCACUGCCAACGCUGGUAGCGUUAGGCCUUCUGACUACUCGAGUCCUUGCAGGCGAUACGCUCAGCACUGAAGGCUUGUCAACUUGUCUGACAGACUCCGCAAUCCAGGUCGACAAAUUGGAAGUUACUUACACCCGCUCAACCAGAGAAAUUGUGUUUGAUGUGGCUGGCACCAAUGCGAGGGAACAGAAUGUCACAGCAUCGUUGACGAUCUAUGCAUACGGCAAUCAGCUAUACUCCGAAACAUUCGACCCGUGUAGCAGCAGUGACUAUGUUGAGCAGCUUUGUCCUGUUGCUGCCGGCAGUUUCUCUGCUGUUGGAACACAGCAACUCCCGGAAUCCUUUGCCAGUGAGAUUCCAUCAAUUGCUUUCGCCAUUCCUGACUUGGAUGGCCAGGUCAAACUUGAAUUAAUCUCCAAGACCGACAACGAUGAGCUGGCAUGCAUCCAAUCCGACCUCACCAAUGGAAAAUCUAUGCAAAUCGCGGGUGUCUCAUAUGCUGCCGCUGGCGUGGCAGGUGCGGCGUUGGCCGUGAGUGGCCUGUCUGCUCUAGCGGCUGUUGGUCACCCUGGAGUGGGUUCAUCUAGCCCUAGCUUCGGUGACGUUAUGACUUGGUUUCACACCAUGGCCACCAAUGGAAUGUUAAGUGUCAGCUACCCGACGAUUUACCGCAGCUUUUCCAAGAAUUUCGGCUUCAGUACGGGCUUGAUCUCAUGGGGCCAGAUGCAGGAGGCCAUUGACAAUUUUCGACGAUCCACAGGUGGAAAUCUCACCGACAAUAACUACGAGUACCUUCUCAAUGCCACCCUCGUGUAUCCUGGUGAUACAUCAUCAAAUUCAAGCUCGAAGUCUAAAAGAGGACUUGAUCUGGUCGUAGGUGCUGUCAAUCUAGCUGCACGAGAAGUUUCGACCUCAUACGACAAGAAUGCAACUUCUACCAAUAGUACCACCGAGGACACUAGUGGCUUCGAACACUUUGUUUCUGGGAUUGAGGCCUAUGCGGAACAACUUACUAUCCCUCAAGCAAACACUUUCAUGACAGUUCUGCUCAUAUUCGCCAUUGUUGUUGCCGCUAUCACCGUGGGCAUUCUGCUCCUGAAGGUAAUUCUUGAAAUAUGGGCUCUAUAUGGCUCUUUCCCUCAGAAACUGUCAGACUUCCGCAAAGACUACUGGGGCCUUUUGGGUCGAACAAUUACCAACUUGAUUCUCAUUCUCUAUGGAAUUUGGGUGAUCUGGUGUAUCUAUCAGCUCAGCGGUGGAGAUUCAUGGGCCGCAAAGCUUUUGGCUGCUGUUGCGCUCACUGUCUUCACGGGUGUCCUGUUGUUCUUCGGCCUUCGUAUCUCAUAUCUGGCUCGAAAGUACAAAAAGUCCGAAGGCGACGCGUCCCGUUUGUUCGAUGACAAUGAGACCUGGCGCAAAUACAGUCUCUUCUAUGACAACUACAAGAAGGAUUACUGGUGGCUUUUCGUUCCGGCAAUCCUGUAUAUGUUCGCCAAGGGAUGCAUCAUCGCCGCAGCAGAUGGCCAUGGGCUUGCCCAAACCGCUGGUCAACUCAUUGUGGAGGCUCUUAUGAUGAUUCUUCUGUUGUGGAAUCGGCCAUAUGUCGCCAAAUCGAGCCAGUGGAUUAACAUAACAGUUCAAGUGGUCCGCGUGCUGUCUUCUGCUUGUGUUUUGAUCUUCGUCGACGAGCUUGGGCUUUCGGAAACAACCAAAACUGUCACUGGCAUUGUCCUCAUUGCCAUACAAGCUGGGCUCAGUGGUAUCUUGGCCAUCCUGAUUGCUACUAACGCUAUCAUUCUUUGUUGCCGUGAAAACCCCCAUGCAAGACGAAGGAGGGAAGCUAAAGACAAAAUGAACCGUGAUAUCGACGACUUGACCCCCUUGGACGCGCGGGAAUCACUCCUAAUGGAGCAUCCUCCCCGCAAGGAGUUCUCGGAAAUGAGUAAAUUCAAUUUCACCGGCCCAUACGAGCCCUAUCGUGACCAGUACGAUCCGAAAUCGCGACUCAGCCCUACAGGAAGCACAGAUCGAUUGGUGGAAACUGGAUACCCUCUUGAGGAUCGGCCCGGUCGGAGUCCAAGCCGAGAGAGUCGGCGAAGCCGUGAUAGUCACGACCCCACUGAAGGACACCAUGCAACGACCCCUGGCUAUGGUUUCGCAUAUUGAUGCACUUUUACACUGGAUGGGGAUGACAUCCCCAAUUUAUCGAUUCGCA